UUUUUUUUUGUGUGUGAAAUAUUUAAAUUCAAAUUUCUUUGGGAUUCCAUGAGCUCUUUCCUCUUCUCCUAUAUAACCUUGAAAGGCCACCAACACAAAACCCUUUUUUUAUUAAAUCUUUUUUCUUAUUAAUAUGGAUCUCUCUUGGUGUAUUAUCUGUGACAACCGUGUCGAUGAUGUCUUGAAUGAUUCCUCUCUCUAUUGUUCAGAAUCUUGUCAACUUAAAGAUCAAAUGACUAGCAUUACCAACCAACUUAGUCUUAAUCAAGCAAAGAAACCUGCCGUAGUCAAACCCACGUUACCUAUUGCAACAUUACUGCGUACGAAGCGUUCAAGUGCAGCCACAGUUUCCUCGUAUCCUUGGGUUCCCUUGUAUCGUCGUCGUCGUGGUGUUGUUGUCUCGAAGCGUUGUCAACCUAUUGUUGCCAGUUCCCUCACUACCGCCAACGCUUUUUUUACGCCUACUAGCACCACUAUUGCUUAAUCUCAUCUUUUUUUAACAUUCUCAUCAAUACCAAAAAAAAAAACAAAAAAAACAUAAAUCUCUCGAUCGCCAAAUCUCAAAAAAACUUCAACACCUUUUUAACAACUUAAAAACUUUUUUACAAGCAAAAAAACAACCAGAAAAACAGU